AUUGCUUGAUUCCGACGUUGAUCUUGCUCCCCUCGUCUGCUUGCCUCAUACCCUGAUAUUUGAGGGCUUAGUGGAUACUUAGCAGGACCGAACGAACCUUCGAGCAAUCGUUCGAUCACGCCCCGACUUCCCAAGACAAUGAAAGGCAUCCAAGAGCUGGAUGACCCGAUCGUCAUCGCAGAAGGCAUCGCCUCUAGUGUCGUCAAGGUCCGCGGGCGCUUGCCCAGCCAUCCAGGCGAAGCGCAAGUCGUAGCCCUCAAGUCCUCGACGCUCCGCAAGCGCUUCGCGAAGGAGCCGCACGAUAUCGUGAAGGAGCUCAGGAUCCUGCGCAGUCUGUCGCAUCCGAAUAUCAUCCCCCUCAUCCACCACGAACGCUCGGGCGACGACCUCACGCUCUUCCUCCCCUACAUCCCCUUCGCCCUCCCCCAGCUGCUCGCCUCGUCCUACUUCUCCCCGCACAUCUACCCGCCCUACCUCCGCCCUGGCCCCGAUGCCCUUGCGGAGCGCCGCGAUCGCUUCUGCGCCGUCGCGCGCGCGAUCAUGGCGCAGGUGCUCUUUGCGCUGGCGUACCUCCACGACGAACAGCGCGUCGCGCACCGCGACAUCAAACCCGCGAACGUGCUGCUGACGGAGGAAGGGCUGGUCAAGCUGAUCGACUUUGGAAUUGCGAGGCGGGAAGGGGAAAGCGAGGAAGACACGAAGGAGGACCUGUGGCCAGAGCCGAGGGAGAGGAUGUACUUUGAGGUGUCGACGGGCCCGUACCGCGCCCCCGAGCUCCUCUUCGGCCCCCGCACAUACGACGCGUUCGCGAUCGACAUGUGGAGUCUGGGCGCUACCUUCGCCGAGUUCUUCACCCCGCUGUCUUUGUACCUCGACGACGAGGACGAGGGCUUUGGAGGCCUUGGUGGUGGCUUCGCAAGGUCGCACAACGCUUCCACCAAUCCAGACGAAGGAAACGACGCAGAGGAAGACAAAACCACCCCACCUUCCCCCUUCCGCAUCCCCUCCCACCUCCGCAUCGGCUACCCGGGCGCAAAAUGGGCGCGCGACACGCUCUUCAACGGCGCGCGCGGGGAGAUCGGGCUAGCCUGGAGCAUCUUCCAGAUCCGGGGGACGCCGAACGAGGAAUUGUGGCCGACCUUCACCUCCCUCCCAGACGCCCAGCGCGUCAACUUCACUGUCGUCCCGCCUCAGCCGCUCGCCAACUUCCUGCCCAACCUACCCAACGACCUCGACACGCACACCGACGAUCUCAACACACACACGUCCAACCUUGACACCCGUACCGCCGCCCUCGACCUCGUCGACAAGCUGCUCGCGUACCCUGAGACCGAUCGCUUAAGGCCCAGAGACGCCCUCAAACAGCCCUGGUUCCGCGCGUCUCCAUUGUUCCUCCCGCCUGAUUUCCCGGAGGAUCUAGUGCGCAAGUACAUGGGUGAGGAUAUUGAAAUUAUGCACGAAUGCAGCGAAAAGACCCUUGGCGAGUGGGUGAAGUUCUACGCUGACGAUUGA